CACAGGCACUGCAGGGAACAGGCAUUGGAGUCACUGCUGCUUAUAAAACACUACUGAAAAAAAGAUCACAAGAGUUCGGAGAGAUACUAACUUCUGCUUUUAGCAUUUCAACAGCUGCAGUGCUGGGUCUUGUGCAACAAACUACUGUCAAUAAGGGGAUGAACCGAGAACUUGUGUUGAGAAAGAUUCUGGAACAGAUGUUUAGAAUACUUGGGAGGAGAAUUUAGUUGUUUUUUUUUAGCAAAAGCUUUAGCAAGAGUAAAAGUUGCUAUUGACUAGGGCUCUUUAAAGUCGUAUUUAGGGGGCAUCAGCAAGAUACUGUAGACUGCAAAUUGGAAGCUGACAAUUUAGCGAACGUUGAUAAAUAACACAGAAUCAGCUUUUCUAAAUGUUAUUUCUGUAGUUGGAUUGUGCUCAGUUUGUACAUCCCUUGUUUACCAUCAUUUUCUGCAUGCAUUAUUGGGUAAUGUUUGUUGACAGGGCCUGGCUGUAAAUUGAGUGAGGAUGACUUGUUAGAGCACGUGAUAAUAUGUUGGCGAUUUAUAAACUACAAUAAUAACAAUGACUGGAGCAACUUGUGCAAGUGAGGGCAAUAACUGCAGAGAGGACAGGCUAACUAGCAAGGUGGAAAGUCACCACCCAGGUUGCUGGAAAGGUGUAGGGCUCUGUAAAGAGAAGAUGGGUGGCCAUAAUUGGGACAGGGCAAAUGGAAGUCCUAGUAACUCCUCAGAUACUGGGAUGGAAUCUACCUCUGGUGCAGUAAUAAAACACAAUCACCAGCACAGUAUAAAGCACAGGUAUGAACUGCUGGAGACUCUGGGAAGAGGUACUUAUGGAAAAGUGAAGAAAGCCAUGGAAAAGACCACUGGAAAGAUGGUGAGUGUACAGCGCUACGGAAUUUGAUGGCGCUAUAUAAAUAAUACAAUAAUAAUAAUAUACUACUAAUUGGUGGACCAAACAUGCGUGUCAAGGGGAUGGGGGUGGGCCAGGGGAAAUAUGAGUUGCAAAAUUUAGGAUAAAAGCCAAGCUGGCUAUAUUUGAGCUGGAGAAUUGUUCCAGACAGCAAUUUAAGCCAGAAUUUUGCCACUCAGUGAAGUUUAGUGAAUAGUACUGAUACGUUAUUGUUUUUUUAUUCUGGUGACUGUGUAAUGUCUGUUAUGCUAUUGUUUUAAUAUGUGCGUUUUAUUAGUAGUUAUUUGACUGAUCAUCUAUAGAAAAAUGUGUUGCUCACUGAUUCAUCUCUUAAAACAAUUGUUUCAUUAAUUUUUUUUACAAUUUGGUAAAUGUGUUCAAAGAUCCAAUAAACAAUCUCAUUAUUUAGUUUCUCCCCUGUUCAAAGAAUGACCUAUUAGAAUAACUUUACAAAUAUUGAUGUUUCAGAAACAGUGAAACAGAGCUGCCACAGUGUGCAAUUUCUUAAAGGAAACUAUUGAUUGGCAAUUCAGUUUCCCAAGAGAUCCAGCAGCAGGGGGUAGGGAGAGAAUGAUUUCCAUUUUAAUGUACCCUAGCAAAUGACUAGCAUUUUUUACAAUAGCUCCAUUCCUUCAUAUUUAUAUUUCUGCCUGAUUAAUGUUCCACUACAUUGCAGCAUUUUAUCAAUAAAUAAUGAUAUCAAUCAUAUACUGUGAAUGUUUUUUUUUUUAUGUUCUAUAUCACUGUGCACAUCUACAUUUUGAAAGUCUGGCUAUCACAUUGGACUUUAGGUCAUUUUGUUACUUAUCAAUGUAGAAAGAUGUGAACUAGGAUAAUUGCACAAUAGUAUUCACUGACUGCUCCACUUCAUUGUGUUUAUGAAUUACAAUAAUUUAAUUAUUUAAAUCAGAGUGGGACAAAAUUUAGAGAAGGGUUUGAGGAGUCAAUAACCUUUUUUUUUAUUAAUGAACCAGUUUCAAUGAUAUUACAUACAGUGAAUGUUCAAUGUAUGGAGAUUUGUUUGACAAGGACCAGAAGAUUUCAUCUUUUAAAUGAGCUCAAUUUGCCGCCUCGCAAAAUCGUUCUCUUUCGAUUGUAUUGUUCAUAUUGUUAGUUAAUGUUUGAGGCUCUAGCGCUGAAAUGUCUGCACAGAUACUCUUGAACAUUGUAGCCUAUAGGUUGAAAUCUAUAAAUGGCAGGUUUAUUCCCUGUAGAGAAAUUAUAUUAAAAUAACAUCUUUCUAAGAGUCAUGUUCCCACCAUUGGCAGAAUAAUAAUAAUAUGAGUAGAGCUGUGGCAUGUCCACAGUUCCACAGGGAACAAGAUAAAACCAUACUUCAAAUGAACUUUUGUUUCUAUAUAUAUAUAUUCAGCAGUUGCAAUUUUGUUAAGGGGUAAGGGUUGUUCAUUAAAUUGGGGAUUGGGGAUCCAAAGUGUAUUUCAGAUUUCAUAACUAAAUUGGAAAAUUUCUCCAAGUCAGCUAAAUUUUGUUUGAAGAAAAACUAGGGAACAAGUAAGAAAAUAAUCAGAACCCCCAAACCAUCACAAUGAGCUGCUUUGGUGAGGGUGCUUAGAGCAUCUCCUUAAAGGACCACUAUAGGCACCCAGACCACUUCAGCUUAAUGAAGUGGUCUGGGUGCCAGGUCCAGCUAGGUUUAACCCUUUCUUCUAUAAACAUAGCAGUUUCAGAGCAGUUUACCUAUGGGUUAAUCCAGCCUCUAGUGGCUGUCUCAUUGACAGCCGCUAGAGGCACUUCUCACUGUGAUUUUCACAGUGAGAAGACGCUCGCAUCCAUAGGAAAGCAUUGAGAAUGCAUUGAGAAUGCUUUCCUAUGAGACUGGCUGAAUGCACGCGCGGCUCUUGCUGUGCAUGCGCAUUCAGCCGAUGACGGAAGAAGAGGGAGGAGAGUCCCAGCGCCGAGGGAGCCCGGCGUUGGAAAAGAGGUAAGGGAUUAACCCCUUCCCCCCCUUCAGUGCCACGGGAGUGGGACCCUGAGGGUGGGGGCACCCUCAGGACACUAUGGUGUCAGGAAAACGAGUUUGUUUUCCUGGCACUAUAGUGGUCCUUUAAUCACAUAUAAUCUGCAUAAUGACAGGUCACCAAGUCACAGAUUUCACUAGUGGUAAAGGUAGCUUUUAAAAAAUCUGAAACCAACAAUUAAGGAAACCAGCAAUUAUGGAACUUGUAAAAUUCUAGGUCAAUAUAGGUUGGAAAAAAAAGCUUUAUUUUUUUUUCUUAUUGACUUCACUUGUUUUGGUCUAAAACUGCAAUUUCACUUAUCAGUGCUCUAACAUUCCCAGUUUACUGAGCCCAAUAAAAUCUGAAAUCAUCAGCACAGUUCAAGGGACUGACUACGCACACUUGCAAAUGUAUAUAUUAAACUUGGUGUCUGACUUGACACAUCAGUUGUGUAAAACGAUGAACAAUUUUAUGGUAUGCAUUCUUUUUCUUUAUUUGUAAACUAUAGAUAAUGUUAAUUGUGUGCUAUUACGGCUAGCUAGAAAAGAUAAAAUAAACAGUUAUUAUUUUUUUCUGAUUUCAUACAUUGGUACAUAAUAGCAACCUUAUUGCUAUUUUGACAAUAAUUUUGAAUAAUUAAGCCUAAUCUUACUGCACAUGUGCAUAGUCUCCUUUCUUUAUAUAUAUUUAUAUAUAAACAAAAAACGAAAAAUCCUUGCACUCAGGCUAAAUAUUUAUUUGAGGCGCCGGGUGCCAAACCUUAGGCUUUUUAUCUAAGUAAAACAAACAUUGGCUGCACUUACAGUCUUAAAUAGAAGAAGUUGCUAUAUUGAAGCAUUAUAAUCCAUAUAUAUAUAUAAAUCCAAAGAUCCUUUAUUUAGGUGCCAUAGAAAAAGGUGACAUUUUGGCCAUGCAGGGCUGAAAUUUCAUGUUUUUCGUUGAGGCAUUAACUAAAGGAUGCUUGGAUUUAAAUGUUUGCACUGCACAUUUUAAUUUUACUAUAUUGCUUUUGGCUGUGGGCGAAGUCAGAGUCCAUGGACCCUAAGUUGUCCAGAGUCUUUGCUGUUAUUAAUUCUACAUUUACAGGCACUUAAGAGGUACAUACAACCUUGCAUGAGAAUUUGCAGAUGAGUUGCCCAGUGUGAGCAGGACUGUCCCUUUUUUUGUUGUUGCUGCACCACCCAUUCAUUACAUAAAUAUGUCCCGAAAUCUGAUUUCAUUUCUCAUAUUUGUCUGUAGAAUUUUGCGCUAUGUUUCAUUGUGAAGAUGAUUAUACAAUAUAUUCUUAAAAUUUUUCUUUGUCCCUAUGUGCAACAUUUCCAGGUAUUUGGCAGCUUGUGGAACAGCAGCACCUAUCCACUUUGUCUCCCAUAAUGCUUAGCAGCUCUCAUGGGAGCCAUAGAUCAUAGCAACUGAAAGGCAAAAAGUUACUCAUUUUUAGAAGGCCAUCCCUGCACAGAACAAUAAGAAAUAUUGACACUGACUUGUCCCAUUAACACAAUCAAUUUAUUUUGAUUGUCCCUUUAUCCCCAAAGAGACUCAAUCUGUCUAGUGCAUGCUUUGUGAUUCAGCAUUUGAUGAUAUACAUUACUAUUACCUAACUUAAUGGCACUUACUUUAUUGAAUAUGGAAGGAUGAAAUGUUGAUUUGAUAUUGCCGAGAGUAUACCUUGAUGUUUGAAAAGUUCUGCAGCUGGUGCUUUAAUGUAAUAUUAUCAUCUGGUAAUGGACAGGGAAGCUCAAAGUGUGGCAUUGAUGUUUACAAUGCACAGAGCACAUUCUAGUUCUGAGAAAUCCAACCCUGCAAAUUCUUCUACGAUUUACAGACUUAAAUUACAUGAGCUGGAAAAUGUAAAAUAAAUAUAGAAUAGGCAGUAAAAAUGGCAGAAGAGAAUUUGCCAAAUAAAAUAAACUCUUUGCUGGAUAUAUACAGAGAGCUGAUAUUUUAAGUCACAGAGUGUUAAAAAUAGCUGUUUUCCCUCCACUAAGGGUCAUGUGUUAAAGGCUACGGUCAAGCCGUCUGUGGCAUUCAAGCUGUUACUGUCUAAAACCGCUGGAAAAGCUAUGGGCCAACUUGGCACAGACUGGGCAUUGCAAUACUCUAGGGGGUAUGUAAGUGGAAUUCUUGGCAAACCAGACUUGUCAAAUAUCCCACUUUUCACUAUGGCGGCAGAAUGUAUGCUUCAGUGCUAUAUCUAUAUCAAUAUAUAUGGCAGUGAAUUGUGCUGAAUUAUACAACAAAUUUGGUAAAAAUACCAAGGUUGGCAAAAACAAUUAGAAUUUUUACAAUUCAACUAUUUUGAUUUUAAUAUUUGCUUUUCAAGUCAACACAAUUUACUGUUUACAACAUGAAUCCUGUUACAAUUCCUGUCAGCCUUGCCAGAAAAUGUGUCAUGUGUUAUGAAGAAACAAUUUGCUAACUCGUUCCAACUUGCUUAAGACUCAUACCCACAAGUGACUGUCAAACGGUAGGAGAUUUAUCUCUGGUAACUGGACUGCUUUAAAACAUGCAACAUUUUUAUUGUUCUAAAUGGAUGGAGCACCAACCUAUACCACAGUGCUGUUACAAACACUGAGAAAUCUAAGCAGUACAACAGUUAUAUUUUAAUAAUAUACUCAAUAUGUCAUUAACUUUUUUUUUAUAUACAGUAAGACUUGAUGGGUGUAAAAUUAUUUUUUUUUAUUUUUUAUUUAUUUAUUUAUUUAUAGAAAUAAUGUUGAUAAUUUAACUUUUUUAUUUUUAACUACUUAUGGACCACUGGCACAUCGAGGUAUUAUCACAAUCUGAUCCCUAAACACCACAUGUAUGAAUGAAAGAUCCUGCUUAUGUAGGAUCAAAAACAGUUUGACUCCUUACAAUGGGGGGGAGGGAAGAAGGGAGUGGCACAAGGCACCGAGCUGUAGCAGUUAUGGUGCUUGGACUGUUCCCAGAUAUCCUAGAUAUUAUCGUGGUGCCUAAAGAUAUAUGUUUUAAUAUAAGUGUUAGUCUGAUGUUUAGGCUCAAGCGUGCCAUUGCAACUCUUAAAGAGAAACGUGCCUCAAAGAUAAGGUAACAGGAUCCCUUUUUAAUGCUGCACACUUCACAAGCAUAGUGCCAUAUAAGACUGCACAUCCUUUUAAAUGUGUGUGGAGCACAAAGACAGACAAAGUGACAUCUCUAAAUAGAAACGCUAGAACUUGGCAAAUAAGAUCUGCAAUAUCCCUGACAAAGCCAGGCUUUGAAAUUGAGAUAAAAUGUUGAAAAACAAAAGCAUGCAGAAUUUGCUGAAUAAAGGGAUUUAUACACUAAACACCAAAUUGUAGAGUAUUGAUAUAGUAUUGAAAUAGCUGAUUUGAGAAAAUUCUACAACACAGCUAAAGUCACAGCCUAGCUAUUUUAGCCUAAAUUUUGCAAUGUGUUUAUUUUUUGUUAAUUCAGGAGACUUUGGCGUUUAGUCUGUGAAUAUCCCAAAAAUUAAUUACAAACUUGAAAUUCGAAAAAUUGAAUGAAAUAGAAACACAAAAGCAUGCAGAACACUGAUAAUAUGGAAGGAAAACAACCUUAUCCUUUCAUUUUGUAGUGAAUAUAGUUUAUUGUUUAUAUUCUUUUUAUAUUGUGUCUCAUUUUCUAAACAGCAAAUGCCAGCAGUUUGUUGUUGUUUUUAUUUUUUUGCUGCCAACAUUUUCUUUCAGCUGCUGCCACCAUUUCAUUACAAAUACAUAAUCUGUCUAACCUGCUGUAGUUAUGAGUCAGACGUUAGUUUUGUCUGUUUUAUAUUGAUAUCUAGAAAAUGUUUGGUAUGUCACCAUAUAUGUUUAUUAACAAUAGAACAGAAAAAAGGGAAUAUUUUUGGAAUAAGAUGAGGGAAAAUGCAAUUUAGUGCUCCAAAACUGUAUUGUAGGAUACAAAGAAGCAAAAAGAAAAGAAAGCACUGUGUGACAUGGAACAUAGGACGCCAUGACAUAAUGUAGCUGGUGUGUUGGGGAACCAGAACAAUAAUUGUGUUGAAUGUCAAGGAAACCAGAAGAUUGUCUAUAGAAGUGAGCCAACUUCUAAGUGUCACUUCAAAAUCAACAUUUUAUGAGUUGCAAAUCAUCAAUCUAGUAGUUGCACAGAUUUGAUGUAUGUAUUCAUUGGUGGGAUAUCUUAAAAGUGCUUGCAAAUUAUGCAGUUCUUCUGAAUUGCAUCCUUUGCGAUUCCUCCUCUUCAUGCCAUGGAAGAGACUCAACAGUAUCGAUACUGGGAAGUAGUCUAUCAGAGGCAUGCCAGUUGGAAUCCUCUGAAGCUCUCAUCCUGUUUGUGAACGAGGUAUGUGGGGGGAGGAAAGCAGACUCAAGUAGAGUGCGCCGGCUACUUCUGUUAGCUCAGGGGAGCUCCCUGGCUGUCUGAUUGACAGGUGGAGGUAGGGAGGGAAUCAUUAAUUAAUCAUAAACGUGGAAAUUUUUCAAAGAUAUUUUAUAAAGUGCCUUUAAAAUGGGAUACUCCUCACCCAUAAAGCACUUUAGCAAGCAGUGCUUUAGAAGUGCUUUAUAAUGUGUAGUGGCCCUUUAAGAAGAGGUAGGCCAUUAGGGAGCAUUAAUAAUUAAAAACUAUAUCAAGUUGUUUAGGAAUAUGCAUAUUGCACACAAUCUGCAGAAGAUGAUGAAUUUGUGAUCAGAACGAAUGAAAAUGUGGACUUCAUCAGCAGCUAACAUUAAAGACCAGUUUAAAUGGUUGAAUGUGUUUUGGAAUCAAACGGCUUUAAAUAUGCCUUUAAACAAACUCCAUGAGCACCAAAACAACUUCAUCAAAAUUAAGUUGUUAUGGUUCCCAGAGGUUACUAUGGCCUUCUUACCUGAAGGGGUUAAAUCAUUCUAGAAUUUGUUACUGAACAUAAAGACAUUAAACCUUUCUAGAAACAAUGAACAGGACCAGAAAUUUAAGAAGUCAAGGGUAUAGGGUAGGCAACUUUUGGCACUGCAGAUGGUGUGGACUACAUCUCCCACAAUGAUCUUGCAGCCAUAUUGUUGGCAAUGCAUCAGUGAAGAUGUAGUCCACAAUAUCUUGAGUACCAAUGGUUGUCUAGCCCUGGUCUAGGGUUAGAACCACAGUUAAACUCUGAAUGAUUGCCUAUGUAAAGACAAUUUGCGGUGGUGCUUUGAACUCAAUAACAAUUGAAAAGAAGAGUAAUAGCAAUAAGAUUGUUUGCUUAUGUAUUGCUGUAAGGGAAUUAUUUCCAGAAAUCCCUUUUAUUCCCAUAAAUUAAUUAUACAGUCCAAACAACAAUUAAAGAGAUUUGUCUUACUGUCUAACAAAGAGUUGUACUUAAUGAAGACAGGACUCGGUAACAUUUUAAGUUGUGUGGUGUAACGUUCAACCACAACUUCCAGAUUGCAAUAAUUUGGAUAGAGAAUCUAUCCAAAUCGUCUCUUUUAGCCUAAAUUUAGCAACUUUUUUUUAAAAUAUGAAAAUAAAUUGAUCUUUAAAUUCUCUGGUUAAUAAAGGUCAGUAUUCUGAACGGCAAGCACUAUUUAUUUAGUUUCAUGUGCAAAUGAAUGUAUAGAUUUUUCUAAAUCUCCCUGCAAGUCUGUGUCUGCCAUCCAGAUUUAAAAUCUGUGUACUCAUCUCGCUGCAUACCUCAUCUAUUAUGUCAUGCAGGUCUCAAGACCAAAGAUUACUGGGAGACAAUGGGGACAUGUAGUUUUCAAAAGUGUCUAGCCUGCGUUCCUCAUUUAUUUAUAAUACACGAUAAAGUGAUGAGUUAACAUUGUGUCAUGUGAGUAGCGUUGUCAUGAAUAAUACCAGAUUAUUUCACUAGAACAGGCUUAUUCUGCUUUUUAUAUUUCCUAUACAACAUGGCAGAUUUAUUGUAUUAUUACUCAAUGGUAUGAUACACAGUCAGUUGAACAUGGGAUGAGUAGACCCUUUCAGUAAUUAAAUCAUUGGGUUCAACGGAUAUUACUGCAGUUAUAGCAAUAACCAGUGAGCUGUCACUUUAUACUUUAUCAUACAAUGCUCGGGUUGGCCUAGUGUUUGACCUGUGAUGUCUGAGUUCCUGUAUCUGUCUGACUCAUUUCAAAUACGGUAAAUCUGGCAUUUUCAGUGAGUCCUCUAAAUAUAUGCCUAAAAUCUAUAGGCAGAUUAAUUUUGAAACAAAAUGUACUUUAACAUAAUAGCCUGAAUUUGAGCCUGGAUACAUUAAAAUAAAUCCUGAAAUCUGUAAAUGUUUGGAGGAGGUAUGUUUCUGGAAUUUAAUCUGCAUUGUGCGAGCCAAGUUGUCAGCAAACAUGUGCGUUAAAUUGUCGAAUGGUUUGAGACUAACCUUUGCAAACCUAUUUAUAGUAAAGUGAAUCUGAAAGUCUUUUCAUGGCAGGACUGUAUAAAUGUGUUUCCCUAAACAACAUCACAAAUGUCAAGAUUACUGCCAAACACUGUUUGAAGGAGAUAUCUUUUUGCUUUAGUACAUGGCCCAUGUUAUCUCUCCGACACAUUCUUAGCACAAGGAUGUGGUUAAGCCAUCCGGAAGCAGCUGAGUUGACAGCUGGAAAUAGCACUUCCAGUCAAGAUUAAAGCUUCUUAAUGCAUCCUAGCCAUCGUGAGUACAAAUUAGGGGUAUAUUCACUAAACUGCAAGUUGACGUGAGUCGAGAACCAACAUUCCUAAUUACACACUUCUUCAGACUAAACUUGCCGCGUUUGAAAGCUUUCCUAAAUUUGCUGAAUUGAACUGAGUUAUUAUAUCCUGCGUAAGGAAUGGCAAGAUGCUCCAUCAACAGAAAAUUUGAUAUCAGACAUCAAUCAGAGUCUGAGAUUUUCUGGGUACAUUCCAGCUUUCCACUGUGAUGUAAAGAAGUCAAGGUUCUUUUUUAUUAUUAUUAUUAUUAUUAUUAUUAUGUACAAAGCUCUAACAUAUUCUGCAAAGCAGUACAACAGGUAGACUAACAAAAAGUUCCAACAAGUUAGGCAUGUUAGGCAUACAGGGACGCCCUUCUAAGUCUCUAAUGCCUAGUUAGGGAGAAAUCUUCUACUCAUAAUUUAUUUAAAACCUGAUGAAACGUUUUAAGAAUAAGUUACACACUAUAGAGGCAGUUUUGAAAUAGCUAUUUCAUGGUGAAUAAGCAUUUCCUGUAAGAGAUAUUGAUAUACUGUUUUUAAAGGAGGACUGUCAUUCAUUUGCUUACCCAUGAGGACAAUGAUUAUACCAGAGUACGAUGUAAGAAGGCAACCAGACCACUAGGUAUUAAUGAAGUUGUCUGGGUGCAGUGCCCGUGUCUGCACCCAGGCAGUGUUUACAUUGCAUUUUUAACUUGAGUCGAUAAUAGAUCAAUGCAUGCACACUAGCCUCCCAGUACCACCCUACGGGAAAGCAUUGGAUUGGCUGAGUUCAUCAUUGAUAAUCUCAAAGAGGUGGAGAGAGAAGAGUGGCGAGGACUGAAAGGUAAGCAUUACUCACAUUCAAACUUUCACACCGGGGUGAGGGGACACAGAUAGGUAGCAGGAUACUAUAGUGUUAAAAGUACACGUUUGUAUUCCAAAUGCAAUAUUCAUUUAACUGUUGAAAAAAUGUGAAAAAAACAAUGAUCAUAGUCUAUUGAUAUAAACCAGUACCCAUUGUACUGUCUUAAUAUCUCCUCUUAUAAGAAGAAACAAAAACAUGAGCAAUAAAAAAAAUACUCUUGGGACACAAAAAAAAACGCACUUUCACUGUAAGAUGUCAUCUUGCACUGGGUCUUAUAAACAAAGAGACUGCAGCCAUCAAACUCUGACCUCGGCAGGAUAACUGAGGCAGAAUGCAAUCUAAUUUUUUCAAGUCGUGAGAGGUUAAGUAACUUGUUCAAGCAACUGAUCAAAUAUUAACCAUAAAUCCAAAAGACAAGGAAUUGCUUAUUGCAUGAAUUAUUGGUCUGUGUUUUAUAGCUAAAAAGAGACUUGUCAUGAGUUUUUUUAUAUCUUCAAACUGUUUAAUGAAUAGAUCCUUCUGUAUCCAGGUAUUUUGUUGAAGCUUUUUUGUUUUUGUUUUUUUGUUGUGAUAGUGAGUACAGAUCAUCAUCAAACGCCACAACAGUGUACACAGAUACAUACAAGCUAAAAAGUGGCAUGAAAAUGUGCACAUUUUUUGUUUUAUGAACAGGCUUAACAUAGUGAGUAGGUUGUCAGUCAAGAUGAGGGAGACAUGCAGACGGUUCAAUGGUAAAUUAACUAAAGUAAAACAUGUAUAAGUCUGAGGUAAAACAUAAGAGGGUGCAUGAGCAUUACAAGAUAUGACAAGUGUUGAGUGUUGCACAUUUUUAUUUUGUAUAACAAGCAGGCUUAGCAUGAUAAGUACGUGUCCGUCGUAGGGGUUCCGAGGUAUCUGUACAGGUGGGUGAGACUUUGGAGGUCGUGUGACAGGCAGUAGACACUUUACAACAUACAUAAGGAACUGCACUCAAUCCCAUCAAUCUGAGCCUGGGUGCAACUAAACCAUAACCAAGCACCAGGUUCUAAUGGUAAUGAUAUACAAUACAAAAAUGGUUUGUUCAGGCACUCCAAGGUUCAGAACAGGCAAUUUUAUUAGAAUCCACAGCAAUGUUUCGACCUUGCGGUCUUUUUCAAGCUUGACAAAGACCGCAAGGUCGAAACGUUGCUGUGGGUUCUAAUAAAAUUUCCUGUUCUGAACCAUGGAGUGCCUGAACAAACCAUUUUUGUAUUGUAUAGGGAGUAGACACUUGUCCUGCAGCUUCUGCCAGAACUGUUGAAAGUGGUCCCAUGCCUUCACCCAGCUAUCAAUGUUUUGCAUCUCCGCGGACUGUAAAUUAUGUAAGCUUACACAUUAUAGCACACACAGGGCUAUUUACUGAAUUGAAAAUUGUCAGUGAGAAACAUGUGUGGACCAUUGCUUGGUUAACUUGUCUUUCUCAAUAACAGGAGAAUGCUCCAAAAAUCCUCUUUAACAUUAUCUUUAUUCUUCAUCUGUGGGGAAUGAACAACUAAAUUGUGAAAUAAGAAAAAAAAAUCGACUUUUUUCCUCCAAGAUAUUGUAUUCAACAUUUUAAUCCAGUUUUCAGUUCACUACAAAUAACAGUUUAGUGGAUAAUAUAUAUAUAUAUAACCUAAUUAUGUAUAUUAGAAUGUAGAAUGUCCCAGAGUUAUUAACAGCUUGUUUCCUUCUCCGCAGGUUGCGGUAAAGUCCAUUCAGAAAGACAAGAUCACUGAUGAGCUGGACAGAAUCCAUCUCCAGAAAGAAAUUGAAAUCACAGCACUGCUAAGACAUGAACAUAUUAUACAGGUCUUCGAAGGUCAGUCUGCAGCCUCAGGCAUGUGUCACAAAGCAUAGCAAUAGCAGAGGAUUCCCUACAAUAAACAAGUCCUCUGUUCUACUCAGUUUAAUAUUUUGUCUGUCAUAAAAACACUUCAAUAUAGGUCUUGUAGGUUGGGAUUUGCUGGCGUGCUGAGAAACGUGUGUUAGGAGAUCAAUGGUUUAAAGAUCUCCUAAAGGUACUUUCUGCACAAUUUUAUUGCUGGUACUAAAGUAAUGUCACUCCAACCAUGUUCAGUUUUUAUGUUGGGACAUAUACAAAUGCAACCCUGCCUGCAGUCACUACGAAAUUAAAUAGCAAGAACCACCGAUGUCAAAAAAGAAAAGGUGGAUCUGCACAAGAUUACAUUUAAGGACCCUGCAGGUGACAUAAAAACAUAAGCAUAAAAAAAUAUAAAUUAAGCUAUUUGCACGAGUGGCACAAUCCAGUCCACUGCUAUGAUUUUUUAGCCAUCUGGGCAAAUUCAUGUUUUCUCAUGAAUUAAGCAUGUGACAGAAAGCUAUUAGAGUACUUGGGCAUGGUACAAGUAAAAACCUUGAAGCCAUUCGCAGUUGUAUUAUUGCAUUUAGUGAAAAGUUUUCAGUUUGGGGUAGCUUGGAGGGGCAUAAGAGGCAAGUAAAAGCUGAGCUGCAUUUACAUCUCAAGUACCUGAACAGAUGGAUUUUCUUGUGCGCCCCCUAACUCCUCACAAGAAUACUGAGAUCUGUGUCACUUACUCCACAGAGUGGAGAUAAUCUUAAUGAAAUGUCUACAUCCCAUACCUCCAUAUAUAAAUGAAUUACAAUUUAAACUUAUCACAAAGAGUGUCCCUCAGUUCAAAGAAAGCAACAAUAAAAUAUAAAUAAAACAAUAAAUGCACAUUUUUAGUUUAGCAAAUGAGCCCUAAGCACAAAGGUGCCCAAAAUGUAGAUCCCCAGAUGUUUCAAAACUACAGCUGCCAUGGUGCUUUUUCAUUGUAAAGCAUUCUAAAGGCAUGCAAAGCGUUAUGGUAGUUGCAGUUCUCCAACAUCUGGGGAUCUACAUUUUCGGCAUCCCUGCCUUAGCAGGCACGUGCCAGUAGGCAGCUGCCUAUUGGGAAAUCUGGCGGUGGAGGUAAGGGCUUGAAUACGAAUUAAAACACUUUUUUUUUAAUAGUAAAAAUCAAAGGUUAAUUACUUGAAAUAUAACCUGCACAACUGAUGUAUAUUAUUACCAGAACAGCUUUAAAAGAACUUGGAUACAUGCCUGCAGAGAGUCUCAUUUUGUACUGCCAGAUACUUUGAAAAAAUAAACAGAAAACUCAUAAAUAGAAUUUAACAGAAGGCGAAUUAUUUAAAAAAAUACAUGGUUGCAGUGUUCUCGGUUAGGCUAACCUGCCCCACUGGUCUUUUCUAAGAGUAAACAAUUUAUUUCUUCUUUGAUUGAUUGGCUAUUGUGAUCAGUGUGGCUACCAAAGAUGUACUUUGGAAUUGUUUCCAUCAUAUUAUUAGAUACUUUGAAGUCGAUUCUGUAGCACUUCUAAUGAAAAGCUACUUUUACUCAGAAGAAAGCUAUGUUGUUUAUGUUUGAGCAAAAUAAAACAUAAGUGCUUUUUGGCAAAGAACAAACAUUGAAGAAACACUCCAAAAUGGGUAUACCACAUACUUUGAAUGCAUUAUAUAUAUCUACUAUGUUAUAUAUUUUUAGAGGGUCAUGAUUAAUAAUGACCACAAAAUAUUGUGUAUAAGAUCAAAGAAUGAUGAUUACAGGGGUAAAAUUAAUUUGAAGAAGAUUCAUCGGGUUCAGGUGCACAAAUAUCUAAUAGAUCAAACAUGGAGGAAGUGACUAUUGCCAGGUAGACCUCAGGUAGGAAGUCUAAUCGUUAGAAAACCGAUUGACUACUGACAUUGGGGGUGCCAAAACACUCCUGGCACCAUCACCACUACAGAGCGCUUGUAAAUUAGUUACAGAAGAUAGGCUGAGUGCCACAUAUUUCCAGUGUACUGUUCUUGUUGAAAUUAUUUUCCAGCAUAUUAUUCUGAAAACAUAACAGCAUUUAAAUUCUAGCAGCAUAAUUAUGUAUUUUACAUUCCCAUAAUAUUCUAAUAUUUUUUUUGUUUUGUUUCCACUUUGGCAGUUUUCGAGAGCAGAGAUAAAAUAAUUAUUGUCAUGGAGUAUGCCAGCAAUGGGGAACUUUAUGAUUUCAUAAAUAAUAAGCACCAGAUAUCGGAAAGCGAGGCCCGUGGGAUCUUCAGACAAAUUGUCUCUGCUGUUCACUACUGUCACAAGGUAAAUUGGCAUGCCAACUCCCUGUGAUUCAUGUUUUUGGUGUCAUACCGUUUGUUUGCUUUCACAAUUACUGAUAAAAUAAUGGCUCCAAAUAUUGUUAGAUAAACUUUCCAAAUUAUAUGAUAUUUUUGGAUAAACGUUUAAAUGAAUUUUUGAACAUAUUAAAAUAUCCAAAACAUACUUAAUCUAAAAAAACUAAACAAACAUCAAUAUAUAAAAAAAUUCAAAAUAUUUAAAAAUUAUAUAUUUUAAGUAAUAUUAUAUAAUUUUAAAAGAUUAUUCAAAAAUAUUAAAUCAUUUGGAAAGCCUAUCCAACAAUAUUACAUUGAAGCCAAUAUUAGGUUCAAAACUGUUUAAAGAUGUGUUUUUUAAAUUCUGUCUUUUAAUGUGAAUAUAUCACAUGUAUAUGUUUUAGUUUAUAUGACCGAUGCAUAGAAUGUUUUAAAUGUUUUGGUGUAUAGAUAUUGUCCUUUUAUGUCUGGAAAUGUUUAUAUAUCUCAGAGAACAUUGAUUUCCAAGUACAGCAAAACUAUAACUCCCCAAAUUAUGAAUUAUGUACAGUCUCUCUCUAAAUUAGAAUUGAAAUUUACUUCACUGCCCAAUAGACUAGUCUGUAUAAUUUAUUUUCUUCAAUUACAACCAGGUGACAGUAACUGGUGGCUUGAUGACACUUUAGUUGUCAUUUUUAAAAGAAACUAUUAAUUGAUUAUGAUUAAUCCAUUGUCCUUACAAGAGAAGGAUUAAGAUCCUAUGGGGUCCUAGACAGGUUACCAAUUUGGGCUCAUCCUUCUUUCUUCAGAAAGGGAUGGUUAACGAUAUUAAGCAAAUUCAUGGUCCCAUGACCCCUGUCUAACCCAUGGACUUUAAGCAGUCAAUUUAUGGUUAAUCCAGCUCUGGUCCCUAUUCUCCAUUUAAUUGUGAACCCUCAAAACUGUCCAAUGUGCAAAUCCGUGACUGACUAAACCUAAAAAGCAGUCUGAGAGCCAAAUAAGUUUAAACAAAAAAAAAAAAAACUAUUUUGCUGACUUGACAUGUGGUAAUCAACCUAAGAAUUUUUUGCUGACCGAUCACACGCUUAUAAGAACUUGGGAUACAUCCAUACACUCUGUAAUAGCCUUAAAAGUAACAGUGUUUACACAAAAACAUUUAAAUGUAUACAGUACUUACAAUUACUCUGGUCUAAAGAUAAUUUAUGUUCUAAAUAUCUGUCUACUACUAAAAAUAAAUUUUAAAUAAAUAUCUUGUCUAGAUAUAAGAACUGUGUAAGAGACAUGUUGAUCUUGAAAUUAAAUACUGGAUAUUUAUUAUGAGCAUAAAUUCACCAAAGUUUUUCUAAUGAUGUAUAAACCUAACGUGGUAAUGGCAAUAUUUCAAGACAUUGCAUUUAAAACAAACCCGAAAUGCAAUUUAAAGUUUGUUCAUGAUUUUAGAAUGACAAAAUAUCACUGUCUCUCCAAACGUAAACUUUCAACUAUUUGUAGAUGUUUGCUUUUAAAAUCCUAGAUUAAAACAAUAGCAAAGGAAGAUGGGAACAUGCUUUAAGAAAAUUAUAAAAAGCCUGUUCACUAGAGCAAGUUGCAAUAAGUCUAAAAAUACCUGAAAAAGAUUAAAACAUAAAGAUAUUUAAUACAUAUGAAACUUUAAAAGGGAAGCAAUUUAUUAAAGUCAACUGAUUAAGGCCAUAUUUUGAAUAGUGGUUUGGUUUGCUGCUUUUAGCCAAUUAGAUCUGUGAAUCAACUAGCAGGAACAUGUGCUGCAAAAUAUAGAGAUAAUAUUAGUAUUUUCACAUUAGCACAUUUUCAGCCAUUUUGGGUUGUAUGAAUUAUUUUUCCUGAAACAGAUGCAUGGACAAAAUUCCUCCGAAUCGAAAUAGCACAAAAAAAAAUAUUUUUUUGGACAAGUUAAUUUGGAUGAACCAAGACUUUUUGCAAAGUCUAAUGUUUUACAAAUAUGUAUAUGUGAAAUGUGAAAUGGAGAAAUCCACACCUCUUUAUCCUAUAAAUGGGCUUGACACCAUAGUUGUGAAAUGCUAUCCACCCUGGCUUUAUGUGAUAAUGACUAUGCCCCUUCCCUUUCAUGACACUGUCAAAAAGGGACCAAGCAUGGAUGUCAUUACAAUUAUGGCCCCCCUGUAAAAAUUCGUCAAUAUACCAUACAGUACACAGCAUAGGACCCACAUUACAUACAGCACCCAAAUGACAUGAACUGCUAAAACGCAUAAUACCUACAUCAGACAUACCAUCACACACAGGACCCAUAUGACACCUCUAAGCCACUGUGGAAUAAUGAGUUACUUCAUCACACACCACUCACAUUGUACCCAUUAUUGAAGCGAAUUACAACCUAUACCUAUUAAAACACUGCACCAAUUUAAGUGUGUAUCCACCAUGACAACCACUUCACAAACAGCAUCACUUAUACCCAUUAUGCCUAAGUAGCCAAACAUGACAGAGGCCAGGAGCAUCAACAUACUUUUUCGGUGUAAGAUUUUUUUUGUCCUGUUGUACAUUUGGACAACCAUACUUCAAAUGAAAGAAGGAUUAAGGAAGGGUAUGUUAUCAACUAUUCAGCAAAGAAAAACAAAACAUUUGUAGCUUUAAAUGAUCAAAGUAGCUCCUGCCCGGAGCCUCUCCAAAAUGAUAGGGUCCUCAGCAGCUGCAUUUUUUCUGUAUAUAAAACAUGGUUUAGUCCUGCAUAACAAAUGCAUUUCAUGCUAUGAAUUAAAGGCUAGCAUGUGCUGGCUGCAUUAGAAUUAGUAGUAAAUGUAAUAUUUGAACUCACGUAGCUUAAAACAUCUUCCUUAUUUUAACAUAAAAUAGGCUUAUCAUAAGAGACAUGAUAAAGGUUUAUCAAGUUUAUGCACACUUGCCAUUAUAUAUGUUAUUGUUCUCUGAAUUAGUGCCAUUUGGAAUAAUUCUUUGCAGGCAUGCUGGUGAAAGGCUGGUGUGUUGCUGUCUAGUAAAAUAUUUUGGUUUCCUGGGUAACAGUUGGAAUGCAAUAUGCUUGUGUUGAUCUUUCCAUUGAGAUGCUUCAGAUUUUAUUUCACUGUCUGCGUUGCAUCAAUAUGCUAUUAUUUUUGUAUGUAAUGAUAGACGUCUAACUCUGUCUGUAAAAAUGUAUUACCUAUGAUUUACAUUGCGUAUUACACAAACAACCAGGAGCUUUUAAAUUUGAUUGCAGAUUUGGGGUUGUUGCACAUAUGUAUAACAUUUGUAAUACAUUUUAAAAGAAAAUCCCAAACACCAUAACAGCCUCCCAGUGCAAUUAGUCAAACAGUUUUUAACAGUGUGACUCCUUACCUGGGGUCCACGAGGCACCACUCCCUUCUAUUCUGAGAACUGGAAGCUCCUUCUACGAGCUUCCGAUAGUUCUCAUGAUCUAAGCCAUAUUGUGCAGAGACAGCUCAUUGGCUGAGAGUGUCCGCUGAUUGCUCUUAGCCAAUGAGCUAAGCCCACCACAGUUUAGCUCAACCAGAGAGGGAAGAGUUGCUCCUGACAGAUUUCAAGUAAGAAGUCAAAACAUUAGAUUAUUUGACUAUUUACAUUGGGUGGGCUCCAGAGCACUACAGACACCAUAACCACUGCAGUGUUUCUUUAGUACAUCUUUAUGAUCUAAUGACAAAGAUGGUGCUACUCUGUGUAAUGCUUCUUUUUUUGUGAGUUUGAAUUGAAGGCUACAUGCAGUAAUCACUGUUUCUCCCACGGUAUCUGAUCUCUAAAUAAUUUAUGUUAAGAAUAAUACCCUAAUUCACAAAAUCCAUUACAUCCAACUCUUACAACCAUAACCUCUAACCCGAACCCUUUUAUUUUAUUAUUCUUUUCAGAAUGGGAUAGUCCACCGUGAUAUAAAACUGGAGAAUAUCCUACUUGAUGAGAACUUGAAUGUAAAGGUAGGCAUAAUGCCCUUCAGUAUAGAUGGUCACUGGAUAUCACAUUUCUGAAAUUUUUGUUCUGCAAUUUUUCAAUUUAAUUUGUUUAGCUUUCCCAUUACAUAGCGACACAAAGGGAAAAGUACAAACAGUGACAAUACACCUGAAACACCUUUGUAUUUAUAUUUUGUUCCUGGUGAGUUAAUUUUUACAGAGGUUUUCAUAUUCACCAAAGUGACCGUAAAGGGACAAUCCAGGCCCCAACACAAGUUUUAUGCAUUUUAACGUGCACUUUGUAUCCUCUUUUGCUUGGGGUUCGAAUUUAAGUUUUGCAAAUAAAGAAAUAAAUUGCAGCAGUGUGCAAUCUUGCCUCACCUUCUCCUCUAAUAUAUAGUACUUGUCUCUACGGCUAAUUGCUGUACCUGUACAGUAUACGUCAUAGCUUUCUGUUUCUCUUCAUCCUAACCUGCUGUAUUUAAAAACACAGGUGUACAUAUCAUCAGAAAACACAGCACACAUUUCUGGAAGUUGCAUUUUAGAUAACAGUUGUCAUAAGAAGAAAACUAAUAACUGAACUGCUACAAACAGACAGUUUGACAAAUUAAGAGGUGUGAAUUUUUCUUGUAGUGACUAGUCACUGCCACAUUUCUAUUCUCUGCAAUAGACUUGGAGAUUUGCAACAUUACAGACUGAAAUUUGACAGAGUUUGAGCCGAAUCAGGAACCAAACAAAAUGCACAAUGGCUAGAUGUUAUAAUAUUUAUGGGUGAAAUUCGGCCGUCUGAAAUUUUUAUUUUCAGCAGAAGUAAUUUGGGAAAAAUCAAUUUUCCCUUUAUGUUAAUAAGCUAGUGCUCCAAUCUUCAUCUCUAGCAGUGCUGGGUUAAACAUGCCCAACAGAUCAUACUGCAUAUACCAGAGUGAGGGGUUUAUUUUCCCUUUGCCUUUUAUACAUAUCAUCUCCAUGUUCUAUGACAGAGUUGAAUAUUUUCGUACUUUAGAAAUAUAAAUAAUAAUCAUCGUUUCAGCAUGGGUGCUGUUAUAUGCUUAUUAAAAAGUCAAAAUUCUAUUAUUUGCUAAUGUGUUAUAGCAGCACAAGAUGUAAAGACUACAUUUAUUGGAUUGGUGACCCUUUAACCUUAUAAAAUAAUUGGCUUUAAGGUUCAUAUCACAAGACAAACAGAGUGAGUAUAAUGGAAUAAAGCGUAUUUAUCUUUUUGGCAAUGCCUUAAUGGGAAACUCCCACCAUAGGAAAGCAGCCGUAUCACUACUGUGUAUCUAACCCGAGCAUUUAGAUGUGCUAAACAUUCUCAGUCUCCCAUUUUCCAGACUGGUCUAUUGCUUGUUAGUUGUUGGAAUGCUACUAAUGGCCUUUCAGCUGGAAACCCAGCCAGUUUCAUAGGGAGCCUGCAGGCUCUCGGCUGUGAUAAACUGUGGGAAAAGAUUAACCAUGCCAGAGCCAAGUCUUAACCUAAUUUUCACAUAUCAAACCAUUCAAGAGUAUCUAAGCAGAAAUAGCAUUGAAAUUCAUAUGAUUUCUAAAUAUAACAAAAGUCUGUGAUUGACCAGCAUCCUACUGUUACUUUCUCCUUUUAAGGAAGGUAUAACAGGUUUGACAUUGUGAAUAGGAAUGCUGGGAAUGUCUGUGUAUAAGUACUACACCGGAAAAAACCCCAAAAGAAAACAAAAAAACCCACACUUUUUAAUUGGGUCCUUUUCCAGCAAUACGUAAAAUUUCUGGUAAAUAGCAGGAAGUGCUUAGCAUUCAUGUCAUUUAAUUUUUCAGGGAAUAACAUUAUUUUCUUUAGUUUGGGAUUGUUAUGACCCUGAAAGCAUGCAGUGAGUGAGUGAUUUACCAGCAAAGUAUUCUCGCUUCCUUAGACGUAUCUUCACAUCUAGAUAUUUAAGCAUGCUGAUCUCACCCACAAUCUCGUCCAAUCAGAUGCUGCUCUCAAAAUCAUUUGAUUCCCAGACUGAGUUUUAUUUGGUUUGAAGGAGGAAGCGCCUCUAGUGGCCGUCAGGAAGAUAUAAAAAUGUCCAUGUUUUACAUUGCAGAGUUAAAAUGACAAGACCACAGCACCCAGAGCUCUUAAUUGAGAUGAAAUGUUCUGAGUGACUGUAGUGUUCUACUAAACAACAAAUAUAUAAUUUAUCAUAAAGACUAAUCAUAGAUUUAACUGCUUUAAGCCAAAGAAGCUUAAUACUGACCACCUGUCCAGUAUUAACAGUGUGACCAUAGCGCCUGUUACUAAAGUAACACAUCCCCAUGUCCUGUCCCUCUCCUACCUAAUUGUCCUUGCUUAUUCAGGUAAGAGAGGGACAAAAAGAGCAUAUAUCUCCCAGAAUGCUGACACACUGAAGUCAAUGACCAUGCAGAACUAAGAAACAUCAGUCAGCGAUGUAUUUUCCACGAGGCUAACAAGGCAUUUCCUUGGGCGGCACUUUGAGGGGGGCGGCAAAAAAUGCUGCUUUGCAAGCGCCCUUAGCUUCUUUCAUGGGGGGGCUCAAGAGCUGGUCGGCUGGCCACCUCAGGGCCCCCCAGACGGUUAGCUGCUCAUAUUACGGGCAGGUGGCAAGUAGGGCCUAGGAAACAAUCCAUUUUGCCGCCCCCUCAUGAAAUAGAACUACAUUCCCUCAGAGUUUUAUUCACUAAACUCUGAAUUGUAGUAAAGAGACACUUAUUGAACAAGACACACUGAGUACACAUUAAAGGGAAACUAUAGUGCCCAGAAAACAAACAUUAUAGCUUCCCCCUCUGUCAAGCGCCCCUACCUUGUGGUGCAAAAGGGGCAAAAAAAACCCUUCUGUCACUUAGCCGGGUCCAGCUCUGAUGUCCGUCGGCGCUGGUUCGGUUCCACCUUCACUCCUCAAUGGCCGUAUUAGAAUUCCCCCAUAGGAAAGUAUUAUACAAUGCUUUCUUAUGGGGUUUUGCGUGACACUGGACGUCCCCAUUAAUAGCCACUAAAGGUGGAUUUAACUCUGAACGGUAAUCAUUGCAGUUUGUUAUAAACUACAAUAAUUAUUUUUCCAGGGUUAAGGGUCCUGGGACAGUGCAUCCAGAUCACCUCAAUCAGCUGAAGUGGUCUGGGUGCCAAUAGUGUCCCUUUAAGUGAAAGCAGACACACAGUGAGAAAGAACAGAAACAGCCUGGGAGACGUUUAGGGAAAGGAUAGAGAGACUGUUGAGAUAUGUAGGAAACAGAGACUGGGAGACAUUUAGGAGAGAGACAUAGUAAGCACACAUUUAGAGAAAAAGGACACACUCUCACACACACUCACUGACAUAUAUAGUUUCACUUACACAUUCUCACUAACACACACACACACACCCACUAUCAUUGACAUCCACACACAGUGUCCCUCUCACUAACACACACACAGUGUGGAAAAAACAGAAGACAGAGGAAACUCCAAUGGUAUAGUAUGAACGGUAAAUAAUAUUGUGUAUAUAAUAGUAGAACUACUCACAAUAUUCAGAGCUUAAAUCUAGCUCUGGUAUGAAUGGUACGAAGUGGAAUAAUCCCCACUCAAGUAUAUAUGGUGCUCCUCUUUUGUUCUUUGGUAGAAUAAAUUGGUGGAGUAGUCCACCUCGGGAUAAAAGGAUAAAAUAUAUAGUGCUCACUGUAUAGCUGAUAAAAUGUUGAAACAGAAUAAAAUAUACUCACGGUAUAUGAAGCAGACAUACUGCUUGGUGGAUGGCGUAUGGGUGGUAUAAUCCCCACUUUAGAAUUCUUGGUACUCCAAUAUGGACAAAAAGGCGAUAGUAGUUAGGUCUGGAUAAAAUAAACUAAACUUGUAAAUAAUAAAAUAAUAUAAUACUAUAGUGGAAAGAGGAAUGUGGCAAACAAAUGUAUAAUUACUAUACUAUAGUACUAUAUUAUUUCAUUCCUCCAACACCCGGCGCACCCAGCCAUUACUCCCACGUUGAGAAUGUGGAUGCACAUCAGACAUCACCUAGAGAUAUCACCUUACCCAUUGCUUCUAUACCCACUAUCACACAACCCACUGUUUAAACCAGGAGAAACUGGAACAACCUACAAAGACUACAACUCUACACCAUACUUGUCCCUGGCUAUAAUUGACGACUCAGGGGGUCAAACCUCUAGCCACACUCCUCCCUAAUGAAAACCACUCACCACUGAGGAAAUUCCACUAAUCAAUUAUCCCACUUUGUCCGUACAGGGCCAUACAUACAGAAGGGAUAUCGCGCACUUACUAAUUUCAAACAUACCUGUGGGAUACAUUCCAUCAAAAAGAAACUGAUAUCCACUAUGUACUAUGCAAUGCCGUACAUGCGCAUUAGACCUCUCCAUAGAAAGCACUGAAAAUGCUUUUCAAUGGGGAUUUUAGCGACACUAGAGGUCCUCACACAGAGUGAGGACGACCAGCGAUGCUAUAGCACAGAAAACCUAUGCUAUGGACCAGGAAGUGCCCUCUAGUUUAUGAAAACUGCAAUAAUUACAGUUGCAGGGUUAAGGGUAGUGGGAGUUGGCACCCAGACCACUCCAAUGGGCAGAAGUGGUCUGGGUGCCUGGUGUGUCCCUUUAACAGCCGUAGAGUGGUGUGCAAUAUUCAACCUUAUCCACAAAUCCUCAGUGAAUCUCACUCCUCAAGUAACUACAAGAUAAUUGUCAGGUGGCAUUACACCCCCAACAAACUUCAAACACUAUUCCCCCAAUCAUCCACCAACCAAACGCAAUCUCUGCACACAUAUAGUGGUCACAUAUAGUGGUCCUGCCUGGUGAUACAGGGCUUCUGGUCCUGCAUAGCUGAAAUGAUCCACAACAUUCUAGAGCUGACACUCUCGCUUAAACCCCACAUUUUUCUAUUCUUCCUCCUCCCAUCACAUCUACCCAAAAGCAAAAACAUCCCUGCUGCUACACUUCCUGACAGCAGCAAACCAACUGAUUCAACUGUUUUGGAAAAAAACAUGCCCCCCAUCCAUUAGAGAUUGGAUUCAAAAAGUUUAAAGUACCAGAAUAAUGGAGGAAAUUUGUCACUCCUUGAACAAACAAUACCAUUUUUAUAAUUCUACCUGGUCCCCAUGGUGCAGAUUCCUAAGGGACAACCCAGAACAAGAACAGUAAGCUAAACCCUGACCACACAUACCCAAGACCCUACUAACUGAAAUCUUUCCCGCUAACUCUCAUUUGCCUUAAGUCCACCAAAGAGAUUUCCAUAGGCCCAGGCAACAGGAAAACAAAAUGCAAUAUGUUAAGUUUAGACAACCUUCCCCUUUACAGUAUACGUUAUCCCCUUUUUAUGUUAUAUGCUGAUAUGUAUCUUGAUCAACACAUGAUAAAUCCAAACUAGGUAGACCACCCCAUGGUGGGAGAGGAAAGUGACUCCACUCCAUACUGGAACAUGUCCAGCGCACACAUGAUGUACCCACCCUAAGUACAUGCCCUAUUUAGGAUAUACUAAAGAUAACAAAUGUGUCUCGAUCGAGCCAAAUGUCUUAAAGACGUUCUGCACCUUGUCUACAGACCAAUACAUGGGCCCUGAUCCCUAUUAAGUACAAUGUUCUACAUAAUAUUUUAUAUAAUAUUCUAUGCAGAGUUGUUAAUUGUAUAAUGCACCCGUGUUAUAUGCAAUGACGUUUUCCCUUUGUAUACUCUGAUUCUCAUAUCUCACUCCUUGGACAUAUAUUAACUUGUACAAUGCCUAUAUGUCUGUAAAAUCUUUUUGGAUCAAGAAUAAAAAAUGUAAUAAAUAAAUAAAUGCACCAUCACUAAAAAAAAUAAAAAAAUACAAAAUGUUUACACUUCCUUUAUUGCAAAUUCGUUAAAUUUGGAAUGUCUUAUCUCCUGCACUGUUAAUAACUUGCUAGACCUUGUAGGGGCCUCCUGUAUGUAAUUAAAGUUACAUUUACGGCAAGGGAAAGAAAAACUUCUAAAGUAAGUUAACAUCUGAUUGAACGUUACAUUAUUUGUUCCAUGAGAGGAGGUGUGAAUAGGGCUGCAUAAACAGAAACAAAAGUCAUUUAACCACUAAAUGACAGAGAAUUGAGCAGUUUUGUGUGAUCUAUACACAAAACCGCUUCAUUUAACUGAAGUUGCUUUGGUGACUAUAGUGUCCCUUUAAUCCCUUACGAAAAACAUUUGAUUUAUGAAGAGUUUUUGUUUUGCAAAAGGUUUGAAAACAUCUGCCAUGAAGCAGUCAUUUCACGAAAGUCAUGUAUGCUGGGUUUAGGUCCAAAAACUAGUUGAAAACCUGCAAAUGGGAUCUUUGAUCAGCAUAUAAUAAGAUUCAUAAAUAACAGAAGGCCGCACUGCAAUCAGCCACAGACAGAAUAACAAAAUGCUUAACCAAGAAAAUAAUCUUCUUCCAUGUGAUUCCAGUCCACAAAGCAAUAACAUUGCAAAUGUGAGGAAGGAAGCAAGAAAGGAAUGUCAGAACAAAGUAGAGUGCCAGCACCCAAACAAAAUUAGUGUUAGGACUUCAGGAGCUGUAACCAAAUGGAAGUAAAUGUAUCAGGAAACCAUAUGUUUACUUUUUCUUCCUAAUGUGGUUACAGACAAUAAAGCGAUGACACAUGGGAAUCCAUAUGCAUAUACAAGCAGUACAGGACACAAAGCCACAAUAGGUGGGCCCAGUGUAGAUAAGAUUAUAUGCUCAUAGAGCAUUUCUUUCAAAAGUUUCAUCAGCAACAUGAGGACAGUAAAAUGUGAAAAAACACAGGUAAUGGGGCCAAAGUGAACACUGUACUUAUUUCUUUUAUAGAAUGGUAGUUUGCUACUCUGUCCUUAAGAAAUACCAACAGUAUAGUUUUUUUUUUAGUAUCACCAUUGGAACAUACCAGGACUGUGGGUAUGCCUCGAGGACUGGGUUAGGAAUAACUAAUAGAAAUCUCAUAAUGAAAGGCCUGGGAGGUAAUCACAUCGCUAGAAAAGUGGGAAGUAAUCCUGUUAGUUUGUUGACUAAAGGCAAAUGAAGCAGUUGCAGCAAUAAAAAAAAAUAUAUAUAUAUAGACAACAAAACAAACCUAAGAAAACAAGUUCUUCAUCAAGUCUUGGUCCAAAGAAAUUUACAAAACAAGGAAGUGAUCUUGCAUUUGAACGUUCAGUUUGCAUUAAAUACUUGGUCCAGUCUUUUUCAGGAUACCUACAGACUUUUUCAUUAAACUGUUAACGAAAAUGUUUUUUUUUUUAUUUAAGUUGUUGUGUCCAGAAUAUAUAUGACUGUGCAUGCAUGAUCAAUGAAAUUUGUAGCUGCCAAAGUGCCUUUAAAAUACAAUAGUGAAAUGGAGAUGUCAUUUCUUAGCAAAUUGAACAAAAACAUGUGUGGAGUCCAAUCAAGAGAAGUAGAAGAAUAUGAAGUGUGUUUUAGAAAAUCCAAAAAAAUUCUUUAACUCCUCCACAUUCUCUGAAAGUCUUUCUCAGAAUUGCUUGGAGCUAAACAGAGAAACAUUGACCAAGUCUACUACUGGGACACAUAAUCCAGUCACUAUUGAAUGCAUUUAAAGAUGCCAAAAAAGGGAUUCUUAAAAAAAAAAAAAUAAUGAAAGGGAAUCAGGCUAUUUAUCUUCUCCUGAACAAAUCAUGUCACCAGAACACCAGAAAGCAUAUCUCAAUGUAGUGGAAGACAAAAAGAGGGUGUUUGUAUGAAAUCCUUGGUCCGGUCCUUUUCAGGACACCUACAGACUGUUUCAUUAAACUGUUAACGAAAAUGUGUUUUUUUUAAUUUAAGUUGUUGUGUCCAGAAUAUAUAUGACUGUGCAUGCAUGAUCAAUGAAAUUUGUAGCUGCCAAAGUGCCUUUAAAAUACAAUAGUGAAAUGGAGAUGUCAUUUCUUAGCAAAUGUUGCUUUUUCACAUACCUUUAAGAUAUACAAUGCAAGACAAUAAUUAAACUAUUUUAUUUUAGCUUGCAGAUUUUGGAUUGUCAAGCCUUUAUCAGAAGAAGCAAGUCUUGGAAACAUACUGUGGAAGUCCACUUUAUGCAUCCCCAGAAAUUGUAAAUGGUAUUCCAUACCAAGGACCUGAAGUAAGUACUCAGUCUCUUAAGUGGAAGUUACCAAAUCCACACUUCUCUGGGAGUGUGCAUCAUUGAUCAUCUUCCCCUCCCCCAUCCAUGCCACCGCUUUACCGAGAAUAACUCUGCUGACUUUGCCUUCCAUUUCUGAAGAAUAACAGCCACUAUUAAAUUUGGGCUUACUUUACGGUUGCCUAUUCUGCCUUUGUGUAUAUUUGUUACACAAAUAUAUAUUUGUUACACAAUUCUUGUGUAUAUUUGUUACACAAUUACACAAUACUGCCUUUGUGUAUAUUUGUCUUUCACUUUUCCCUUGAGAAAGGCACCUUGGUGUGCCAAAAUGUUGGGUGGGUUUCGUGACUUGUGUUCUACUCUGGUAGGCUAUUGAUUCAUAUGUGUAUACUGUAUGUUUCUAUUCUAUCCUUAUAACUUCUUGUUUGUCCUUGUGUAUGCUGGGUUUUUAUGUAAAGUUCCAUUUAUAUUGAUAGUAAAUGGUGUGUAUACUGGUUUAUAUUUGUAGUCUUGUCUUUCACUAACACCUCUGAAGAUGAUCUUCUCUUUGUCAACCCACGUGUGCUUUAUUCCUCUAACCAUUUAUUUCACUUUAUCUCUCAUACCCAUUUAACUAAUCUCUACAUUGCUAUUAACCCUUUGUGUUAAAACUUUAUAUAACCCUGUUGUAGACCAAGCUCUUAUUCACUAAACCAGGCAUUUUAAGGGAUUGACAGGGGUGCUACACAAAAUAGGCCAAAACUGACAAGCUGGAAAAUUAGAUUAUUUUUAAAAUGUAUAGAAUUUGGCGAUGUUAGCCCCGGUAUAUUUUAAGUGUUACACUAUCUCUAUAUUCUUUGUGUUGAUUUUUUUGUAUUAGUAAAAUGUGUGUAGGAUUUGUAGUAUAUUUGACAUAUGUUGAGUGUUUUUACAUCUCUACAUUCAUUUGCAUUUACAAAUUGGCAGUUUUGGGCCUAGUUACUGGUUUUGUGAAUAGGCCCAAUGUAAAUAAUUCUACCAGAAGGUACCUCAGUAAUUUCUAUGCAGUUCUUAUAUGCUUUAUCUUGGAUGUAGGUUGAUUGCUGGGCCCUGGGGGUACUGCUUUAUGCACUGGUUUAUGGAAGCAUGCCAUUUGACAACAGCAGCUACAAGACCCUUGCAGAACAGAUCAGCUCUGGCGACCACAGGCAGCCACCUCAUCUCUCAGGUAAUUACACUAAAUACCUAAGCAACUCUUUACCUACAUAAUGAAAAAAAACAACAUCAUUAGUAUUCAUAACGCUAAAUUUAAAAUUAUUAAAAUUCUUGGAAAGCAAGCUCCUCAAAGAAAACAGAUUCCUUUCUAGUUUUCUCAUUAUCUCUAAUUACAAUAUAAUAACAAUCAUUUCAUAUGGGGUUUUCAUAGUGAAUUGAAAAGCUAGCUGAAAAGUUCAGAACAAAAUAGCUGAUGUGAAAUUCUCCAAAGUAGCUAUAAUCACAGCUGAACUAUUAUAGCCCAACUGCACUUCAUGUUGAAGUUCACUACAAUGUGGUAUUUAGUGAAGAAGCAUAAUUUUCUAAUCAUAAUUAACACUGCUGAACACGAUUUAAAAUACUAUAAUGUGUCUUAUUUCCAUGUAGGGGCCUGCGGACUAAUAGAUUGGUUGCUGACAGUUAAUGCAAGAAAUCGAGCAACGAUUGAAGAUGUUGCUCAUCAUUGGUGGGUCAACUGGGGUUAUGACACUGUGGUAUGUGACUGUGAUAUUGUCCCCAAUUGUCACUCCCCUCUUUUGGCCCGCUAUAUUGAAUGUCAAAAUACACCUGGUUUCAAUGAGUUGAACAAAAAACAUAGUGGAGUCCAAUCAAGAGAAGGAGAAGAAUAUGAAGUGUGUCUCAGAAAAUCCAAAAAAGAAAAUGACAUAAUUCAGUCACAACAAGAAUCCGACUUCACAGUUUCAAGCCCAAAACCAAAGGGAAUCCUUAAAAAAAGGAGCAGUUUUGACAGUUCAUUCUUUAACUCCUCCACAUUCUCUGAAAGUCUUUCUCAGAAUUGCUUAGAACGAAACAGAGAAACAUUGACCAAGUCUACUUCUGGGCAACAUAAUCCAGUCACUAUUGAAUGUACUUUAAAGAUGCCAAAAAAAGGGAUUCUUAAAAAAACUAAUGAAAGGGAAUCAGGCUAUUCAUCUUCUCCUGAACAGAUCAUGUCACCAGAACACCAGAAAGCAUAUCUCAAUGUACAGGAAGACAAAAAGAGACCUGAGAAACAUGUCAAACGGAGGAAAGGCAUCCUAAAAAGGAAUGGGAAAUUUUCUACAAGCUUGGAUCUGCCUGCUGAGUGUUCAGCACUCACCCUCUCUGACUCCUCAGAAGAUAUGAUGUCUUCCAAUGCAGGGCCAGCGAAAAGUCCAAGCCGGCCUUCAAGUGUCAUUAGCGAUGACAGUUUUCUUUCCAGUGACUCAUUUGACCUGCUCGAUAUGGCUUCUGAGACAAAAUGCCAGCUUUUUUCUUACAAUUCAAAGAACAAGUGUUAUAGUUCAGAGGAAGAAGAUACUUUAUCCAACAAACUUGAAAAUAGUUUUUGCAACAGCAGGCAUCACUUAUGAUUCCUGUACCACCAUCAUCCAAAAAUUGAUAACUACCUUGGAUGCACACAAAGUACUUUAUUCAACAGGACAUUGUUUUGGAUAUUUUACAAUUUUUUUUACUAGUUUUAAUAAAUACUGUCACAAUUUUAAAAAAUACAGUUGUACCUUUUUAUAAAUAACAAUAAAGACAUGCCAUAUAGUUCUUCAGUAUGAAGAACGGUAAAGGUUCCAGCAGAGAGCAUAACUUUGAGUCAAUAAAGACUGCUCACUAACAGCUCUUUGAGUGCCUGGACAUCUUUCUUUCUUAAUACUGAAGGUCAGAUUCUGGAUCUCGCCAGGCCGGUCUGGUUGCACUUUACGUAACUGUGUAUUUUUGAUGUGUGCAUCCCCUUCAUGGAUUUGAAUAUCAUAUGGUUAUUUAGUAAGUGCACAGAGAUACAGGGAAUUUUUGUAUUUAAUUUUUAAAGUCAGAAGGAAACCAAGUCACAAAAGUGGAAGUGCCACUGAAUUUAAUUGACUAAAUAAACAAAUAACUAAACUAACUAACUAAAUAAAUAAAUAAAUAUCAAUACUCACUAAAAAAAAUAUCUACUGUGACAUGAAUAUAAAUAGAAAAGAAAGCAGUCUGGCACAUAUUUGGCAAAGCCUCAUAAGCUCCUUGGUUACAAGUAGAACCAAUAGGUGCAUUAUCAUGUAAAACAACUAGCUUCAUAGUGGACAAAUAUGGAAAAUAAUGAAUGUGUGUUUUUUUGUUUUGUUAGCUGUGUGAUGUGUAUGUCCAUUUAUUUCCAUUUUGCUAAAGUGCAGAUUUCAUUAUAAAUUGACAGGUUCUUUUACUUCCUGGUUUGGUUAGCUCAGUGGAGCUAAACUUAAGAGGCAGCAAUUGCUCAGAGCACCUACCUUUUCAUUGGGGUAAAUCUAAAAUGGCUUAAAGAAAAACUGCAUUUCUCUUGUAUACUGCCAUUACAAGCCCUCCCCUUCUCAACCAUGCCCAAACUUUCUGUUGCUGCCCAAUCACAGACUUCCCAAUGCAGCUCAAUGAGAAGUCUUUCAAGGCUGGUGCUCUGGGAAAUUGCUGCGUCUUGAGUUUAGCUCCACUCAGCUAAACAACCAGGAAGUAACUGGACCCGUUCUCUGCUUGAAAGCAAGGGGGUGUAGCCAGGGCCGGUGCAAGGAUUUUUGCUGCUCUAGGCAAAAAAAAAAUGUUGCCGCCCCCCCCCAUAUGUCCUGCCCACAAUGUGACAUCACAAUGCCACGCCCAUAUUCUCUGCCAUAUGGGCCAACGCCAGUCUUCAAAAAGUGUCUUUUAUCUGAAAAGGCAGUGUGUUUACAUUAAAAAGCCUACAGGCUAUAGACACCAGAACCACUACAUUAUGCUGUAGUGCUUCUGGUGACUAUAGUAUCCAUUUAAUGUGAGGUAAAUUAGAGAUUAGUACCACUAAUAAUAUAUUGGAUUGCCUACUUACCACCAGAUGAGGACAAGAGGCUGAUGAUGGGCUCAGUCUGGCUCCACAGGUCUGGUGUAGAAAAGGCUCUCUGGAGACUGUUUUUAACAGUGCUCACAACAAUAUAGAACAGGAAGCAGCUCCAUUUGUUAGGGCCCCUUACACAGGUCUGGGUCUGAGUAUGCCUACAAUGCCCACCCAUAAAUCCACCUACAUGGCCCACCCAUGAGUUCUCUCACAGGAAGUGCUGUGUAUGUGUGUAGGGGAUGUUUUAUGUGUUAUUGUAGAGGAUGCAAUGUGUGUGUGUAUUCUUAUAGAAUGUAAUGUAUAGGGAUACCAAUUUGUGUAAGGGAUUUAGUGUGUUUAUAGGGGAUGCAGUGUGUGUUUGCGUGUAAGGAAUGCAUUGUAUGUUUCUGGGUGUGAGUGUGUGUAAGGGGUGCAAGUUGUGUUUCUGUGUAUGUAAUUGAAUGCAGUGUGUGUCUGUAAGGGGUGCAUUGAAUGUGUAAGAGAUGCAUUUUGUUUCUGUGUGAAAGAGAAUGAGUGUUUGGGUGAACGUAAGGGAUGCAUUGUGUGUUUCGGGUGUGUCUGUGUGUGAGUAGUAAUGCAUUGUAUGUUUCUCUGUGUGUGUGUGUGGGGGGGGGGUGCAUUGUGUAUGUGUGUAGUGUAAAAGAGAGGGUUUGUGGGGUAGGAUAGGGACUGAGAGGGGAGCAGCUCUUUAUUUUUUUUAAUUUCAUAGUUCUCUCUACUCAAUGUCAACACUGUCAAUUAUUGAUUUCCCCUUCCCUCCUGUCCCUCCGUGUUCUCCCCUUCUGUCCCUUAGUGCUCUCCCUUGGCCCCCUGUCCCUCUGCAGUCCCCCCCUUGGUGGUCUUCUCACUCCCCCCUCUCCCCCUUAGUGGUUCUCCAUCCCUCCCCUUAGUGGUCCUCCCUCUCCCAAACCCCUUAGUAGACCUUCCCCUCCUCCCCACACCCCCUUAGUGGUAAUCUCCCCCCCUCAGUGGUCUUUAUCCUCUCCCCCCCCUUAGUGGUCCUUACCCUCCUCCCCUCUAUUUAGUGGUCCUCCCUCCUCACCUCCCUUUGGACCUCCCCCCUCCUCCCUCAGUGGUCCUUACCUCCCCUCCCUCAGUGGUCCUUACUCCCCAUUUCCCCUCCCCUGUGUUCCCUCACCCCCCCUUCCCAAGUGGUCCUUACCCCCUCCUCCCCC